AAAUUUAAAGGGACAAGACGUUUAUUGGAGUAAUCCAGAAUGGCUACUCUUAUCUUUGUUGAUAAGGAUAAUGAAGAACCCGGCAGCCGUUUGGCAUCUAAGGAUGGGUUGAAGCUGGGCUCUGGUGUCAAGGCCUUAGAUGGGAAAUUGCAGGCUUCAACGCCUCGAGUCGGCAAAGUGUUCAAUGCUCCAGCCUUGCCUAAAGCCAGCAGAAAGGCUUUGGGGACAGUCAACAGAGUUGCCGAAAAGCCUGUGAAGACUGGUAAACCCCUCCAACUAAAACAGCCAACCUUGACUGGGAAAAAGAUCACCGAGAAGUCUACUAAGACACAAAGUUCGGUUCCUGCUCCUGAUGAUGCCUACCCAGAAAUAGAAAAGUUCUUCCCUUUCAAUCCUCUAGACUUUGAGAGUUUUGACCUGCCUGAGGAGCACCAGAUCUCACGUCUCCCCUUGAAUGGCGUGCCGCUCAUGACCCUGAAUGAAGAGAGAGGGCUGGAGAAGCUGCUGCACCUGGGCCCCCCUAGCCCUCUGAAGACACCCUUUCUAUCAUGGGAAUCUGGUAAGGGAGUCAGUUCAAACACGGGUUGUAACAGCAACUUGUCACAUGACACGUUUUUGUUGUCGGGACCGAAUUGUACAGGUGAGUCUGUGGGCAGCUUUGGGAUGUUGGGGCCAAGUUUAGAAUAAGAACUUCCCUCGGUCAUUAUGGUUGAGUCCCAAAAGAAGGUUUUCUGGAACCUUGGCCAGCCUUUGGUGAUAGCAGCCGGUGAAGUUGAACACAGAGCUUCUUAGGCUAGGAGUUGAAGUUUGUGGUAACUGAGACUGGAUGAGCACUCCAGGUUCCACCUGCGGCUGUCAGAGGACCAGUGUAGACCGACAGUAACUUGUCAACCACUGAAAGCUUAAGGCUUUAGUUAGAACAGGUGUGUGUGUGUGUGAGAGAGAGAGAGAGAGAGAGAGAAAGUGCCUCAGAUGAGAUGGGUUGCCGGUCUGAUUUUAUGAUUUCAUGAGACUUUAUGCUCAGGAGAACAAGUAGCUUCUGAGUAUUUUAAAGACCUGCUUUUUGACUGCCCCCACUGAUGCCGACACUGAUGCUGCAUGUAAAAGAUCUGCAUCUGUGCGUGAGAUUCAUUAGAUGAAUGUAGGAUGAAAGUUAGCAGCUAAUGUUAGUUAUGGAUGAUGGCUAUAAAGGACGUGCAGAAUCUAACAAGAAACUCCUCUUCCUCCAGAUCCGCUGUACUCUCCUCCCAGUGCCCUCUCCACUCUGGAUGUUGAAUUGCCGCCUGUUUGUUACGAUGCAGAUAUUUAAACUUCUUACUCCUUUAUAGUUUCUGUAUGUAUGUUGUAUUAAUAAAGCAUUUGUGCAUAUGUUCA